CCUGCCGAGUCCCUCCAGCUUCUCACGCCCCACUAUGCCUCUGCUGGAUGUCUUCUGGGCUUGCUUCAGGAAAGUGAAGUGCUUCCCGUUGCUGCCAGGGAGGAAGAAUGUCGAAGCGGAGGCCAAAAAAGCAUGUGAAUGGCUUCGGGCCACGGGAUUCCCUCAGUAUGCUCAGCUUUUUGAAGAAGGUGUGUUCCCCCUGGAUAUUGGCUCUGUGAAGAAGGACUACAGUUUUCUGGACCAGGACUCUCUGGGGGCCCUGUGCAGGAGGCUGAUGACCCUGAACAAUUGUGCUUCGAUGAAGCUUGAGGUUCAUUUUCAAUGCAAGCAGGAUGACGACUCAGAAGAAGAGGAGCAAUGCACCAUCAGCAGCCACUGGGCCUUUGAGCAGCAAAGCAAAUGUGGGUCUCUCAUUGGCUCUUCUGCCCUGCUGGCCCCACCAAGCCCUAGCCUCCUGGGGACCUCAAGCUGUGAAAGUGUCCUCACUGAGCUUAGCGCUGCCUCCCUGCCAGCCAUCUCCGUGAGCCUUUCACCAGAGUCAGCAGACCUGCCCUUGUUAGGUCGCGUCCCCAGCCCAAGUAACCAGCCCUUCCUUAGUCCCACCCAGGGCCAGGAGGGUUCCCAAGACAAAGUAAAGAAGCAUUAUUCUCGCAGCUUCCUCAAGCACCUCGAAUCUCUGAGGAGAAAAGAAAAGGGUGACAGCCGGCAAACAGAACCUGAGCAACGCCUAGCCACCUCAGAAAAGACCACUAAAGCUUCAUCUUUCCGCACUUGUCGGGGCUUCCUCUCAGCUGGAUUUCACAGGGCCAAGAACAGGGUCACCACUUCAGCCAGGGUCAGAGAUGGUGAGACUCAGAAAGCCUGGGAGGCUUGGCCUGUAGCCACAUUCCGGCAUCCUCAGCCUAUACGCAGGCGUGACUGCCUGGUGCAUGUGCCUGGGGACCAUAAGCCAGGCACAUUCCCUCGUUCUCUGUCCAUUGAAAGCCUUUGUCCAGAUGAUGGCCGUCACCUGGCAGAUUGGCAGCCAGGUAGGUGCUGGGGCUAUGAGGGGCGCCGGGGCUCCUGUGGCUCCACAGGCAGCCACACCAGCACCUAUGACAACUUGCCUGAGCUCUACCCAGCUGAACCUAUACAGGCUGAAGCUGAAGCUGAAGAUGAGGAGGGUGAAGGCAGCUAUGCCCAUCUAGAUGACAUCCUGGAGCAUGUGUGGGGGCUACAGCAACGGGUAGAGUUGUGGUCUCAGACCAUGUACCCAGACCUGAGGCCUGGAGAUAAGGAGGAGGAAGAAGAGGAAGAAGAGGAAGCUACUUCAUCAGUAGAAAUAGCCACAGCUGAGGUAGAAGGCCAGGAUGAAGAUCUAGCUCAGGCAGAGUCCCAAGUCCACAGAGGGCUCCCAACCCAAGUCAAGGAGGAAGUCCCACUGAUAGUCCUAGAUCAGGCCCCAUCUGUGGUCGACGAACCACUGGUACAGGCUGAGGCUGAGGCUGGGGCUGGGGCUGAGGCUCCAGCUCAGGCCCAGGAUCUUGAGCAAGAAGCAAACUCAGCUGCGGAGCCUAUUUCUGCCUCCACCCUGUCUGUGGAGGAAGGGCAUUCCAUUUCUGACACGGCGGUUUCCUCCAGUGAGCUUGACAGUAGUGGCAACUCCGUGAAUGAAGCUGAUGCUGCAGAUGCCCUGGCAGGACCGCAAGCAUCAGUACCCCGUGAACGGCGUGACUCAGGUGUCGGGGCCUCGCUUACCAGACCAUGCAGGAAACUUCGUUGGCACAGCUUCCAGAAUUCCCACCGACCUAGCCUCAACUCAGAGUCGCUGGAGAUCAACAGGCAGUUUGCAGGCCAGAUCAACUUGCUUCACAAGGGCUCACUGCUGCGGCUCACUGGCUUCAUGGAGAAGUACACUGUGCCCCACAAACAGGCCUGGGUGUGGUCAGUGCCUAAGUUUAUGAAGAGAAACAAGACCCCAGACUACCGGGGACACCAUGUGUUUGGGGUGCCACCCCUCAUUCAUGUGCAGCGCACAGGCCAGCCUUUGCCCCAGAGCAUUCAGCAAGCUAUGCGCUACCUACGAAGCCAAUGUCUAGACCAGGUGGGCAUCUUCCGCAAGUCUGGGGUCAAAUCCAGGAUUCAGAGCCUACGUCAAAUGAAUGAGAGCUCCCCUGACAACGUCUGCUAUGAGGGCCAGUCGGCCUACGACGUGGCUGAUUUACUGAAGCAGUAUUUCAGAGACCUGCCUGAGCCCAUUUUUACCAGCAAGCUCACCACCACUUUCCUACAAAUCUACCAGCUCCUCCCCAAAGAACAGUGGUUGGCAGCGGCACAAGCUGCCACCUUGCUGCUCCCUGACGAGAACCGAGAAGUGCUACAGACUCUGCUCUACUUCCUAAGUGACAUCGCCUCUGCUGAGGAAAACCAGAUGACAGCUGGGAACCUGGCAGUGUGCCUGGCACCCUCCAUCUUCCACCUCAAUGUCUCCAAGAAGGACAGCCCCUCACCCAGGAUCAAGAGCAAACGCAGCCUGGUUGGCCGGCCAGGCCCCAGGGACCUGAGUGAGAACAUGGCUGCCACCCAGGGCCUGUCACACAUGAUCAGUGACUGCAAGAAACUUUUCCAGGUGCCCCAGGAUAUGGUGGUGCAACUAUGCGGUUCCUACAGUGCAGCUGAGCUCAGCCCUCCUGGCCCAGCCCUGGCUGAGCUGAGGCAGGCACAGGCUGCUGGGGUGAGUCUGAGCCUUUACAUGGAAGAGAGUGUGCAGGAGCUGCUUCGGGAUGCUGCAGAACGCUUCAAGGGCUGGACCAAUGUGCCGGGGCCCCAGCACACAGAGCUGGCUUGUAAGAAGGCACCAGAUGGGCAUCCGCUUCGGAUGUGGAAGGCAUCCACAGAAGUGGCUGCACCUCCAGCUGUGGUGCUGCAUCGUGUUCUUCGGGAGCGGGCCCUGUGGGAUGAGGACCUACUACGGGCCCAGGUGCUGGAAGCCCUGAUGCCAGGUGUGGAGCUCUACCACUAUGUCACGGACAGCAUGGCACCUCAUCCUUGCCGUGACUUUGUGGUACUCAGGAUGUGGCGCUCAGAUCUGCCUCGCGGUGGGUGCCUCCUUGUCUCUCAGUCCCUGGAUCCUGAGCAACCGGUGCCAGAGUCUGGAGUACGUGCCCUCAUGCUCACUUCCCAGUACCUCAUGGAACCUUGUGGCCUGGGUCGCUCUCGCCUCACUCAUAUUUGCCGCGCUGACCUCAGGGGCCGUUCUCCUGACUGGUACAACAAAGUCUUUGGGCACUUGUGUGCCAUGGAAGUGGCAAAGAUCCGAGACUCUUUCCCCACACUUCAGGCAGCUGGCCCUGAAACAAAGCUGUGAGCCUUGGGCUGACACUGCCCAGGCUCCUGCCACCAAAGAAAUGAGUAGAAAUAUGAACUGAGAAGCCUUUAGGGACACAGCUGGGCCUAGGUGGCCCAGCCGCCUCUCCUCUCACAUCCCAAUGCUACUCUGCACAUACAUAAGAGAAGAGGGCGUAGGUAUCCUACCUCCACCCACCUUCAUCCCCCAUACUACAUUCUGAUCUCACAAGCAAAGAGAAUCUUGUUAGUGGCAAGAAGAUCAUUGCUGUCUACCCGACCAAGAAGAUGCUACUGUAUCUGGAGACCCAGCAGGGGAAGAAGGUGGAGAGCAUUGUCCAGCCUGAGCUCUCUGCCAUACCAAGAAGCCAGGCCAUCUUGUUUGGUGCUAGAGUUCUUUUGAGUUUGAAUAUGAAGUCUGAUCCUGCCUUUGGGGCCAACAUUGACCCUGAAUACAGGUCUGGAACACCAGAUGGGGUAAGCACAGGGAAACACCAACCACCACAAUCCAUUUUAUUUAUGUAAACAUGAUGCUGACCUUUAUGAAGAAGAUUGAGAGUGGCCCUAUGGGCCCUUAGUAGGUAAUAUGACGAAUUGGGAUAGCUUGGGAUAUGAGGAUAGAGAACCUUUCUUUCUCAAGCCCCAAGACACCAAUGAACCAUCCUCCCCUACUUUGACCCACACUUUAUCUAGUACUCCCAAGAGUUGUGGGCAGCCUUUGGCCACUCAAAGCCAUAGAUACAAGUGAAUUAGCUCAUUCCCAUGACACAGGCCAGGCCAAAGCCGACAGUGGCAGCAAGAUAUACAAAUGUAUCCUCAUGCCUUUUGCCCACAGUUGUGGUCUAUGAGAACAGUCCUUCUGGCUGGAGAGAUGGCUCAGUGGUUAAGAUCAGUGGCUGCUUUUCCAGAGGUCCUAAGUUCAAUUCCCAGCAACCACAUGGUAGUUCAUAACCAUCCAUAAUGAGAUCUGAUGCCCUCUUCUGGUGUGUCUGAAGACAGAAACAGUGUAUUCAUAUACAUAAUAAAUAAAUAAAUCUUUUUUUAAAAAGUAAAACCAAGUGUCCUUAAAAAAAAAAAAAAAGAACAGUUUAUUCCUAGAGUAGACACCCUGGAAAAACACAAGGAAGGGCUUACCUUAGCCAACCUGGGCUUGAUACCAGCCUGAUCUAGCCCAUCUAGUGGUUAUGUUUGUUCAGACAGAAACCUAGCAGCCAUUCAGAGGUCAAGUGGUGCUUUCUUUGUCUUUGGCUGAAUAAACUGGAUUGUGGUGGGUUGCAGCCAUCAUUGUAAUGUUAAUCCUGUUUUGUCUGUAACUAUAAAUACUGUACAGCCAAUAUAUAUAUGUGUAUAUGUAUGUAUAUACAUAUGAAUAUACCUAUACAUAUACACAUGUAUCUGCAUGCACACACAGCUAUUCUCUCUUGAGUGCAUUAUAAUUUCUGGAUCAGAGUAGGGUCUGGAGGGCCUGGACACUUCUGUACAACAAGAAAGGAGAGGUGAAGGGCAGGCCACAGCAGUUCCCUCUGCAGAAUAAUAAAGCAUGACUGGA